AUGCUACCCGGGACAGUGGAUUUUACAGCUAUACGGUGGGUCGUGGCCCUCCUGACACAGUCAAUGGCCUCUUCCUAUGUAGAGGUGAUGUUCAAACCGACGUUUGUGAAGAGUGUGUCUGAUCACAAUUUAAGAAUCACCAUGUAUAACCCCCAGAACAUCACUGAUCAACCUGAUAGAUUCAGAACUCUAUUGGCGAAUACGAUGAAUGAAGCAGCAACAGAAGCAGCAGAUGAUCUCUCUGGUAAAAAAUUUGCUACCAAACAAGCUAAUUUCACAGCAUUUCAGACAUUGUACACUCUCGCGCAGUGCACCCCUGAUCUUUCGAGCAGUGAUUGCAAUACCUGCCUUCGAGACGGUAUCUCGACUUUACCGUCAUGUUGUAAUAGUAAACAAGGAGCAAGAGUUAUUUUCCUCAGCUGUAAUGUUAGGUAUGAGACGUAUCCAUUUUAUAAUUCUACUUUGGUCCCUGCACCAGCACCACCGCCAAAUCAAAAUACACCUCCUCUUCCGCCCCCGCCUCCAACGCGUUCUACAACCAAUGAAGGUAACCUCAUGAAUCUUAAAUAG